GUCACUUCUUUGUGGUAUCUUCUACAUUCGAAGCUCUACAUUCAUUUGAAGCUCUACAUUCGUUUGAACCUCUACGUUCCUUCUCACAUCUCUCGAUUUUCCAAGACUCUUCACUUGCUAGAGGACCGAAACGCGCGCAUUCCUGUCCUCCACUCAUUUCAUCUCGGUUGUACUCAGAAUGUAUGACUGUGAGCCUUGCGACCGUUAUUUCAAUAGCAAACAUAGCUACGACCAGCACGUUAUGAACAGCUCCGCACAUCUUGCUUCCGAACACUCUGAUGAUGGAUACUCUUCCAACAAUGCAGAGCCUGAGUUUCAGUGUAGUGGGUGUGAUUAUUGGUUCUGGUCUAGCGUGGCUCGCGAAAAUCAUCAUGUCUCUCAACAUGGCCAUCGUUAUUGUAAGCCAUGCAAACAAAUGUUCAUGAAUGAAAACAAUCUGAUGCAGCAUCAACACUCUAAAGUCCACCAGGGAUCGUCAAUGAAAUGCCCCUUCUGUCCCAACCAAUAUCCAACCGUAUCAGCUCUGAUCAUUCAUCUCGAAUCCGGCCGUUGUCCUUCUGGCUCGAACCGCGAAAGAAUCAAUGCCGAGAUUCGUCGUCUAGACAAGUACCACGUAAUAACUACACCUCUGAUAGAAAAUAGCUCCUCUACCAACAUCGCCACUGAGCGCUCUUGGAAUGGCUUCCACUACGAAUGUCCUAUGUGCAAUCGCGGAUUCAGUACCCUGCAAGCAUUGAACAGCCACUUAGGAAGUCCGGUUCAUGAUCAGAGAAUGUACAGAUGUCCGGGUCGGAGUUGUGGUAGAGAGUUUAGUGUAUUAAGUGGGUUGGUACAGCAUGUUGAAAGUGAGAGUUGUGGUGUCAUGAGGUUUUCGAAAGUACAAAAAUCGGCUAGUGAUGGAAUUGACAGGGUGGUAAAAAAUCUGAUUGGCAGUUGAAAACUGGCAAGUGAAAAAUGUCAACGGCUAUCGAAUUGAGGGCAUGGGAGUCAGGUAACUUCCAGUUGGGGAUGAUUUGGGAUGAGACAGAUUCUAUGAAUUAUGAAAUUGCAAUGGCAUUUAUCAUACUAUGGAAUCUGGGAAACACGGGAAUGAUAUGAUCGGAAAUUUUGGUACCAUAAGUCUACAUGACUACUCAUGUCUCCUAUGGCACAACUACUUAGCUUUGUGAAAAGAUAGCCAGAGAUAAUAGCAAAUACACUUUUAUCGCCA